CUCUCAUUAACUACGGCCACGCCCGCCUCUAACUACCCAACAUGCCGAAAAGAAAGCGCUGCGAAGGCACUUCCUCUUUCCCCGCCCUCGGCUCCUCCCCUUCACGCCUCAUAAGCCGGCAAAAAAAGCUCUGCAGUCAACAACUUGAAACCUCUACCAAAGCCUUAAUAUCCGCCCUCCGUCUCGGCGCCGGCUUCGAACGACAAAAAUACAGUCGACGCCGCAAGGCUGCGAAAGAUAAGAACGACGAGAAGGCAGUAGUGCGGUUGGAUGCCGAGUACGCGGUGCUUAAGAGCUUAGAGUUUGCGAAGGUCGCGGAACAGCAUUUGCGGAAGACGGUACAGAGGGUAAAGAGUAUCCGGGAUAAUGAGGCAUUGCCGAGGAGUGUGAGCGAGGUGGAUAGGGAAGUGAAGGAGCAGGUGGCGUUGAACGUAUGUGCGAGGCUGUAUAAGGUGCAUGGCGUGAGGAAGGUUGUGAACGAUGCGAUUAAUGAUCUGAAAGAGAUUUUGGGCGUGGAGGCUGGCAUUCAGAAGGCGCAGGUUGAUGCGCAUAAAGAUAAGGUAGAUUCAAAGCAGAAGAAGGUACGGAAGGAUCAGGAGUCUAUUGAUGACCUCAGUGAUGAAGAUGGGGAGACCUUCGCUGCAUUUGAUGCUCGAAUUGCUGCACCAUCAUCGGCCGGAGAAGAUAGCGAUGACUCUUUGUCAGAGGGUCAUCGUCCGCCAAGUGUUGAGGACAGUGAGGACGACUUUUCCGAAGACAACAGCGAAGACUCAAUACUUUCGGAUUUAGCAAGCCUUGACGAUGAGAGCAGAAAAUCAGUGUCCCCAUCCGAUAUUACUUCAUCCGCAGAUUCAGAUUCGGAAGGCGGCUCUUCAAUGCCUCCCCCAAAACCAAAACCAAGAACAAAGGAUCAUGGCACAGCGUCCAAAUCUACAUUCCUACCCUCCCUUACUAUGGGCGGCUAUUACUCUGGCACCGAUUCCGAAGCUUCUGAUCUCGACAUCGACGUGGCACCCAGGAGAAAUCGAAGGGGCCAACGUGCAAGACAGCAGAUCUGGGAGAAGAAGUUCGGCGAGAAGGCUAAGCAUGUGCAGAAGCAGGAAAGGAACAAGGGAUGGGACACCAAGAAGGGGGCCGUGGAUUCCAGCAGGAGCGCAGGCAAAGGCCGCACACGUGGUAUGAAACCUAGUGGAAGAGGACCCGAGAGGAGCGGCGAGAAUGCCCUGCCAUUGGGGCCGAGGAAGGCUACGAGGAGAGAUGAUGUAGGUCAGUUACAUCCGAGUUGGCAAGCAGCUAAGGCUGCAAAGGAGAAAAAGAUGGAUCUGAAGCCACAGGGGAAGAAAGUUGUCUUUGACUAGGCAAUCCUGCGCUUAGCGCUAUCAUGAUUGAUGAUAUAC